AAAUGACAUCACUGAUGAUUAAAAAUAAUCAUCAUCAAUCAAUCAAUGAUCAAUAAUAAUCAUAAAUGUAAAAUCCUACUGGUUAGGUAUAGAAUUAUGCAGAGUGAGAAGUGGAAGGUACAUUGUAUAAUUCUAAGUGUACUUUCCAUUUGGAUAUAUUAUGACAAUGGUGGUGAAAACCGGGUCUACAUAAAGAACCACUAAAUGAAGUUGGCAUAAAUAUUGGUAAUAGGAAAGAUAACUGGGUGAUGAGAAUCAAAAAUGAUACUAAAA